UGGAAUCAUCCAGAGUGAGUUCAACGCCAGACAGGGAAGGUAGUUUGUGGUUCGGCAAUAAAAUAGCGGCCCUUUGGGUGAGCUAAUCUGAAAACUGGACUAACUGAUCAAAGAUGACGAGGGGAAAUCAGCGUGAACUUGCUCGCCAAAAGAAUGUCAAAAAACACAGUGAUAUGCAAAAGGGCAAGAGAAAUGACGACGGUUUAUCUGCUGCUGCCAGGAAGCAGAGAGAUGCAGAAAUAAUGCAACAGAAGCAAAAGAAAGCCCACGAAAAAGGGGAUUCUAAAGCCAAACAGUAGAUGUCAACAAACCCUCUGGACAGAUCCAAGCCAUCUUAUUUAUGAAUGCCAUAAGUCUAUAGUGGGGUUUUGGUCUCAAUUCAGAAGCCCCUUUGUUGGUACUUUCCAUUGUAUUGCACCGGUUUGAGACAUGUACACAGUAAAAGUGUAAAUUGACCUACUUUUCUUGAUCAGUAUUUACCAUGUAAAGAAACAAGAACAAAAUACAUAUUGGAACCACAUACACUUGCAUUUUUAAAUCUCAUUCCUUAUUAAUAUCAACUUAAAAUUGUUAAAUAAAUGUCGCUCAAAUCAGAGUUUGUUCUAAAGCAGUGUUCUUUGUGCUGCCUAAUAAAGACUUCCAGACCUUGGAUUUGGAUUUAAAUGUAAAAGUUUUAUUUGUAAAUCUGUCACAAUAACUACAACAUAUAAAUAAUAAAACAAAAACAAAAAA